AUGAACAGCGAGGACGCGACCACUCGCGCAGCCAAGCGCAAGCACGCCACUUCGGGUGGCUGCAAGCUGCUGCGCUGGGACGCCGCGCGCUGGCAGCUGUUCGAGCGCACGCUGCCGUACACGACGCGCCUCAAGACCGCGCCGCUUUUAAACUUGCGCGCCCCGCUCGCGUCUAUGGAAAAGGACCGAUUAGAUUUUCAGUAUGUCAAUCUAAAGUUUUACGGGAGUUAA